CUCCCUCCCUCCCUCCUCCGAGGUGGCUGCUGGCAGUGAGGCUGCGAGAAAGGGAGCUCGACGGGAGAGGAGAGGAGAGGACAGCGGCAGCAUGACGAUGAUUUUGGGCUACUGGGACAUCCGAGGGCUUGCUGGUGCGAUCCGACUCCUUCUGGAAUACACAGGGACCCCAUAUGAGGACAAGCAGUAUGCGUUUGGAGAUGCUCCUGAUUUUGACACAAGUCAGUGGACUAAUGUGAAGGAGACGCUGGGCUUGGACUUCCCAAAUCUCCCUUACCUAAUCGAUGGUGAGACGAAGAUCACACAAAGCAACGCCAUCAUAAGAUACAUUGCACGCAAGCACAAGAUAUGGGGUGAGAGCGAAGAAGAAAUUAUCAGGAUGGAUAUGCUUGAAAACCAGCUCAUGGAUGUCAGAAUGACCUUUUCAAGACUUUGCUACAGUCCAGAUUUUGAAAAAGUGAAGCCUGAGUACCUGGAGCAGUUACUCGGGGAACUGAAGCUGCUCUCCCAGUUUUUGGGGGACAGGAAGUGGUUUACAGGAAAGAAGAUCACCUAUGUCGAUUUCCUUGCAUAUGAUGUAUUGGAACGGCUCUGGAUGUUUGAGCCAAAGUACUUUGAUGAGUUCCCAAAUCUGAAGGAUUUCCUUGACCGCUUUGAGGCUUUGGAGAAGAUUUCUGCCUACAUGAAAUCUGGCCGUUACCUGAAGACUCCCAUCUUCUUGAAAAAUGCCAAGUGGGGCGAUAAAAAAUAGAAGAGGAGAAUGUGGACCUUAAAGCUUCUGUAGAUGAGUCAGGGAUGGCAUCAGGGAUGGCCUCUGAAUGAUUCACUAUCCCUUCGUGCCUUUAAACAUGUAUGUUAUGUUGUGUUAAUGUUGUCAUUGUGACUCUUAAUUAAUGUUGUCAUUGUGAUAAAAAAAGAAAAGGAUACUGAAACAAUUGUCCUGGCUUCUUAUUCCAAGAGCUCACAGGGCACAAAACAACCUGACUGUGGGAGAGGGGGGGGGAGGAGGAGGAGGAGGAGGAGGAGGAGGAGGAGGGAUUGUCGUCCCUUGCAACAUUGCCCAGUGCAACUGAUGCCCUUGUGCCAAUGCCACAGGUUUCGUUUGUAUGACUGGGAAGUGCUAGCCUGCCUUUCCUCCCAAUUAAGGCCUUUCUACAUGACCCAUAAAAGCAUGCCUAAGUAUCUCAGAAUA